CUGGAAUUGCAGGUCACUUAUGGACCAGAAUGGUUGGAUCUAAUAUUAAAAAAGGUGACUUGGAUAUACUAAAAGCACAAUUAUGUAAAUAUGCUUGUAAUGAAGAACCAUAUAAUAGAUCUUAUGUACCAGAUAUCAAUAGCUUGAUUCGAUGUAGUAAUUUAGAAACUAAAAAUUUGGAAUCAAUAGUAAAAAUAAGCUCUUAUCUGAUAUCUAAUGCAAAACAAGAAUUACACUACUAUAGAUUAGAUUUAACAGAAGAAAAAAUACAAAGUGUUUUUCAAGAUUUUGCUGUGUCUUCUGAAGUUGAAGAAGAGAGUAUCUCGGAUAAUUUAGAUGAUUUAAAUGAAAUAAUGAAUUAUUCUGAACCCGAAGUUGAACAUAUAAACUUAGAAAUAGAAAGUCUGAUAGUAUUAAAUAAUUUUGAGCUAGACGAAGAAGAUAAAAAUUCGAAUGAUAAAUUAAAUGAAGAUGAAUUAGAUCGUGAAGAAUUGAAUCAUGAGGAAUUUGAUCAUGAGGAAUUUGAUGAAAGCAAAUUCGGUGCAGGAUUUGAAUCAAUGCUUAGUAGUGUAUAA